AUGACAACAUCGGGUGUAGUGAGGGGUCAGACGAUAGAUGUGUUGAACGUAAGUAUUGACCAGUUUUUGGGUAUACCUUAUGCCGAACUACCCGUCGGGAGAUUUCGGUUCGCCAAACCUGAACCCAUCAAAACACCACUCAAUGUUAGAGAAAAUUCCCAUAAGUUUGGCGGAGAUAGGGAUCAAAUCACCAUUUUUGGUGAGAGCGCCGGGAGUUGGUCGGUGUCCGCAGACAUACUCUCCCCGCUAUCCAAAGGCCUAUUCAAGAGGGCUAUUAUGGAGAGCGGCGCCCAUAUGUAUAACAAAAACAUCGAUCGAUUGACUAAAUCCCAGGCCUUAACAAAAGCAAAACAAUUCAAUUGUACCGAAACUAGCGAUUGGUUACAAUGUCUGCGAGCGCUCAACACUGACGACUUGAUUGCCCCCGAAUUGGGACUUAGUUUUCCCUUAAAUGGCGAUCAAUUUUUGCCACUCAGGGCUAAAAAAGCAUUUGAAACUAUGAAAUAUAAUCAUGGGGUAAACACGUCAAGCGAAUCGGCCCUUCGGCGAGCAUUUUACGACUUGACGAGCCAUCUCAUGAUUACUUGUCCCACAUAUAUGUUUGCCAAACAGUUUGCCCGUAAUGUUAAAGCAAAUGCGCAUAAUGUUUAUUUCUACCAGCUCACCUAUGUUAGCCAGGUGUUGGCCAAUCUGUAUAACUGUGACGUUGCCACCAAGGGCGUUUGUCACGCCACUGAUUUGACCUAUGUGUUUGGCAUACCGUUCCUUAUGCCCGAUAUCGCCACACCCGACGACAUUUGGUUUAGCCGUUAUAUAAUGGAGAUGUGA